AUGUUUUUUCAUGCUUUUAAUGUCUAUCUGGAGAUUUUGCAGUGUAUUGAAGAAGCACUUGACAGGAGGAAGUAUCCCACACUCAUAUCUCAGUACAAGGACAUGUGUCCCUGUUGUGUAGCAGAACAACCAGACAAAGAAAAAUUGGAUUUCAAAAUGUUGGUAAAGAAACAUUCAGAAAGGAUUCUAGAACCAAUACAGAACAGAAGCAGUACUGUUGACUCAGGUACUACAGAUGGAAUGGAACAUACAGGACUCUCUGCAUCUGGUUCAACAAUUGAUGAAGAAGGCUCUCUAGUUGAUAGUGUUACUGAGAAAACUCCAUGUACAGAUUGCUGGACAAAUCUAUCAGCAGACUCCAAAAAAAAGAUUGUAGUCCUUCUUAUCUGUGACAUGAUUCAAAGUGGGGAACUUGCCAAAUAUCUGCUUGCAUUGACAGGCCAGUUGAUGGAAGUGUUUGGUGACAAUCUUAUGUGGCACCUGCAAUACAUUGAUGGUACUGGCUUAGAGGAUUUUGAGGGCUGUGAACAAGUCUUUUCCGAGUCGAAUCGAGUAGCAUCAAUUACUUGUCACACUUCAAAGUUUCAUUGCAAGCAGACAAUAUUGCAACAUUUUACUUGGUGGAAUUCUGAUAAGUUUACAGAACUUUCUCGAUUCAUUAUGAACAAUUAUAGACAAGCUCUUUACAAUACUGAGAGCUUGACAAUUGAGCUUACUAGAGCAAAAACAGAGCUUGGGAUUGAUUCAGACAAUGAUUUUCUGAAAUGGCAUACUGAAGAAGAGAUGUAUUUGAAGGCCCUGAAGUCUGGUAAACCAAGCAAAACUGAAGAAUUGGAGCAACAGUAUGUAAGUCUACUUAAGAGACAUUCUGAUGCAAAAGCUUUUUACAAUGCUCAAUUGACUGAAUGGGUUUGUCUGAGCCCUAAGGACUUUAGAGCAGGCAAUGGCCAUAUUGGUAAACUUCAUAUUACAGACUGGUGGACUCCUGAUUCAUCAGACUGGAAACGAGUAGACAAAAGUCUUGCCAAGUGCUUAUAUGAUAAGGCUAUUGACAAGCUUGAAGGAGAGGUUAUGGCACGACUUUUUGAACUUGCAAAAAUGAAUCAAGCUGGGACUAGGUAUAAGCAGAGGCACUACAUUAGCAAGGGGAUCAAGGCACGAUCAAAAACUGUGAUGGCUACUGUCAAGUCAUAUAAUGAUGCUGCUACACAAUUGGGCCUGCUAUCUCUCAAAGUUAGUAUAGUACUGAAAUACAUCUUUAUUGGCCAAUUUGACAUUCUUUGCUUGGGUUGCCUUCAAGUAGAUCAAAAGCCUUGGAUGCUACAUAUGUACAUUAUCCAAUCAGAAGUGAAGAUGGAACAGGAGAUCAUUGAUCUUGAGUGUUGUGAUCCACUCCUUGCUAUGCAAUUGAAGAAACAACAUGCACUUUGCUGGGCUGUAAACUGA